AUGGUCCUUGCAGAUCUUGGUCGACGUCUUUCAUCGGCAUUAAGAAAUUUAAGUAAUGCGACGAUUAUCAAUGAACAAGUUCUAAAUGAAGCGCUCGGAGAAAUCUGUCGAGCUUUGUUGGAAGCUGAUGUCAACGUUCUUCUUGUUAAACAAUUACGAGAAAAUGUUAAAAAAGCGAUAAAUCUGGAAGAAACAGCUGUUGGCUUGAAUAAACGUCGUCUGAUUCAGUCCGCAGUUGUGAAAGAACUUGUUCGACUCAUCGAUCCGGAAGUUAAACCAUGGCAACCAGUAAAAAACAAACCAAAUGUUGUCAUGUUCGUUGGUUUACAAGGUAGUGGAAAAACAACAACAUGUACAAAGUAUGCAUACCAUUUUAUGAGACGUGGAUGGAAAACUGCACUGGUUUGCGCGGAUACAUUUCGUGCCGGUGCCUUUGAUCAAUUGAAGCAAAAUGCCACCAAAGCUCGCAUUCCAUUUUAUGGAAGUUACACAGAAAGUGAUCCAUUAGUUAUCGCUAUGGACGGUGUGGAAACCUUUCGUAAGGAUAACUUUGAGUUGAUUAUUGUUGAUACUAGUGGUCGACAUGCUCAAGAGGAAUCAUUAUUCGAAGAAAUGCUUCAAAUUUCCAAUGGAAUCCAACCCGAUAAUAUUAUCUUCGUUAUGGAUGCAAGUAUUGGUCAAGCUUGCGAACUUCAAGCUAAAGCAUUCAAAUCAAAAGUCGAUGUCGGUUCGGUUAUCGUCACCAAAUUGGACAGUCAUGCUAAAGGUGGUGGUGCCCUAAGCGCUGUUGCUGCAACGAAAAGUCCAAUUAUAUUCAUUGGUACAGGUGAACAUAUCGAUGAUUUCGAACCAUUCAAGACAAAACCGUUCAUCAGUAAACUAUUGGGUAUGGGUGAUGUGCAAGGUUUGAUUGAGAAAGUCAACGAUCUCAAAUUGGAAGACAACGAAGAAUUAAUGAAGAAAUUGCAACAUGGUCAAUUUACUCUACGGGAUAUGUACGAGCAGUUUCAGAAUAUUAUGAAAAUGGGUCCGUUUGGACAGAUCAUGGGUAUGAUUCCCGGUUUUGGUACAGAGUUCAUAUCAAAGAGUGGUGAGCAAGAAUCACAAGCACGUUUGAGAAAAAUGAUGUGUAUUAUGGACAGUAUGAACGAUAAUGAACUGGACCAUCUUGAUGGAGCGAAACUAUUUAAAACUCAACCCGGACGCUGUGCUCGAGUCGCUCGUGGGGCUGGUGUUUCCAUACGUGAUGUUCAAGAUCUAAUUACUCAAUAUUCUAAAUUUGCACAAAUGGUUAAGAAAAUGGGUGGUAUUAAAGGUUUGUUCAAACAGGGUGAUAUGACCAAAAAUGUGAAUCCGACACAAAUGCAAAAAUUGAACAGUCAAAUGAGUAAACUAAUCGAUCCUCGAAUUUUACAUCAAAUAGGUGGAUCAUCAGGUUUGCAAUCAAUGAUGCGGCAAUUCCAACAAGGCGGUGGGCCAGGUGGACUGGGGAAAUUAUUUGGCGGUGAUAAAUGA